GCAGCGUCUGUUCGACCGCUUAGCCGAAGGAGCGUGGAGGAUCCUCGGGCGGCGCGCUCAGGGUCUCCAAGGUGCAAUUCAUCCAAAUACCAGAAUCCAAGGACAAAUCUCUGUUCGGCUUGUAUCUGCCUUCUAUUUGAGAGUUUGAAAAGUCCUGGACUACAGUGUAUGGAUUACAAUGCAGAAUGCUGAAAACAUCAGAAGGAACAAUCCAUUAACAGAAUCAUGGCAAACCUGCCAAUGAAGGGUGAAGAGGGUCCAACGGGAGCUAGAAGGUCGAUGAAGAAGCUCCCGGGUUGUUGGCACCCGUUGCAAGAAAGAAGAAACAACCCAUUGGAACCAUGCACUUUGAAAGAUGAACUUUGUAUUUAUAUGCAUGUUAUUAUACAUAAUGUAUAUGUUAACUGAGACUCAGUUCAAUGUGCAAAUUAGACACCUGUUCCUUCAAGAGGAGUGCAAGUCCAUCCAGAAUGGGCAGCACCUUAAAUCCUGGGUCAGACCUUCCGCUCAGCAGUAGCACUUCUGUCUUGUUGGGAUUAAACUUCAGUUUAUUAGCCCACAUCCACUCCCAAACCACCCGUAUUCCUAAAUAAGUAUAUACAGUGGUGAGAAAAGGUUACCUGCCUGAGGCAAUUGGUAAAGUUAAAAAGAUUCUUCAUAGAAAAAGCAAGAGCUGAUAUCUCAAUCGACCUAUAAAGAUAGUAAGUUAACCUUCCAGUAUUCUAUAGAUUUUUUAUUUCCCAUGGUACAAAAAGUGAGAGGGUAGACCAAAUUCUUCAAGUGACAUAUUUACUAAGACCGUGUAUCAAUUGAUCAGUUUUAGUGAACUGCAUAAAAGUAGCAAAAUAAAUCAAUCUGGAAAUUGCUUAUUUAAUGAAAGAAAAUUGCUUGUUUUCUUGGAAUCGCUAUAGAAGGAUGAAAGAAAUGCUUCAGGGCCUUUUUUGAUGUUUGUUUUAAUACAGAGCCAUUGGAAAUCCAGAUAUUUUAUAGCCCCUUAUAAAAGACCUCUUAUCUUUUCCCCCAACAAUCCUGUGGUGUCACAUUGAAUCCAACUAGGAAACUACAGAUAACAGAAGUGUUUGCAGAUUAGACAUCAGGCAAUAAAUAAGAUCAAUUUCCCAUGCCAGCCAAAAUAAAGACUCCUUAUCAUUGUUUAAACCUUUUGCUCUUUGUGAAGCUUGCUAAUAUUUUAACCAAAGGGACUGUCUUUGCUGCCUUUUUGCAAAAAGAGAACCCACAGCUGUAUUUAUCUUUUUAUCAGAUGUUACGGUAUAAAAGAGCACAUGAUACCUACAAAUCCAUGUUAUGGAUUGCAAUUUCUGGUGCUGUUCAGGAAGGUGCUAUUUAGGAAAGAUGUUGGUGUUUUACAUUUUAUUCCUUUUGUUUCACUUGCACAGUGGUUUUGCUGCCAUAUGCCCAAGAAAAUGCAACUGUGAUUUGUCAAGGAGAGUGCAAUGCUAUAGAGUUGGACAGAUGCCUAAAGAGAUUGCUUCCACUACCAAGAGACUUUACAUCAGCCACAGCAAAAUCAAACAGCUCCAGAUUUCUGAUGUCAGUCGACUGCCUGCCCUUGAAGAAUUUGUUCUAACCUGCAGUGGGACAGAAUCAGUGGAGAGGAACACUUUCAAAGCCCUGGAUGACUUGAGGAUACUGGAACUCUGGAAAAAUAAACUGAGACAUGUACCUGUCUUACUCCCAGCAACUCUGGAAGUGCUGAAGCUUGGUGAUAAUUUAAUAAGUGUUCUAAAUGAGUCUGAUUUUGAAGGUUUAAAAAAACUAAGAGUUCUUGAUAUACAAAACAAUUUGAUUUUGGCUCUUUCUUCUAGUACCCUUUCUUCUCUUUGCAGUUUACAGCGUUUGACUUUGGCUGGAAACAAUAUGGAAUCUGUGUCAGGAGGACCACUCACACUUCUUAACUUGAAGUACCUGAGUAUGGAGAAUAAUAAACUGCAAUCUUUUCCAGAAAGCUUUUUCACAGUUCUCCACAUGCUGCUGUUCCUCAAUUUAAAUGGCAACUUGCUAACUAAAACUCCUCCAGGCUUACCUAAAUCCUUGUUAUCGUUGACUCUAGAGAGAAACCAACUCAAAAUUCUAAGAUCUGAAGACAUGAAACAACUGACAAACUUGUCAGAACUUUGCAUGUCUGAAAACCAGCUUUCAUCAAUUGAUGGGGCCCAGUUUCUUUCCAGCCUGACCCGGCUGGAGCUGGCUGGGAACAAACUCCGUACAAUUCCAGUCAAUCUACCAGCCACACUGCAGAAGAUUGAUUGCAGCAAUAACCUGAUAGAAAAAAUUGAAACCCAAGAUUUCCACGAUCUCCAGGACCUUAAGCAUUUAUUCCUUGACAACAAUGUUGUUAAUACAUUUGAGGAUGGGGCACUUCAGAGAUGUACAGUACUGUCUAAUCUAGCACUUGAACAAAAUCUACUUCGUUCUAUACCAUUAAGCCUUCCACAUACACUUGCCAGACUGGAUCUGAAAGGAAAUAGCAUACAAAAAAUUCAAGAGCAAGAGCUGAAGAAUUUAAGGCAGCUACAAGUUUUAAAUCUACGGAACAACAAGAUAACUGCCCUGGACCAUGGCCUCUUGAAACAUCUGCCUCGCCUCAGGUACUUGUACCUGGAAGGAAACCCAUGGAAUUGCACUUGUGAUCUUUUCCGCACCCGACGAGCGCUCGCAGCCCAAGGCACAGAGGUCCAAGGAGGACAGUGUUCUGCACCUGCUGAAAGCAAGGGGGAGACCUGGAUGUCUUCCAAAAGGAUCCUGCGCUUAUGCAUUCGCGACAGCCUCUAUUCCAGUGAAGAGGGCAAAGCUAUCCAAAGGAAAACAAAUGCCAACCAUCCUUCCAGUCUCAGAGUAGACAUGGAUGAUUAUUAUGACUACGAAACUGAUUAAGUACAAAUACCCAAUAAACUUUCAUGUAGAUCUUUCCUAGAAUUAUACGUUAUUCAGCCUUCUCUGAAGAAGCUCUAUAAAUGAAUAACUAACCUGCUGGGACUUCCUUUUCAAUUUAAAACAAGGACACACAAGCUAUCAGCCACAUCCUAUGCAGAGAAGAGUGCUUAGGCAUAAUAGUUAAGUGCAUAGGAGGAGGCUGCAGUAGGUAGGGUUGCCAGCCUCCAGGUAGUGGCUGGAGAUCUCCUGGAAUUACAACUGGUCUCCAGGCCACAGAGAUCAGUUCACCUGGAGAAAAUGGCUACUUUGGGGGGUGGACUCUAUGGAAUUAUGCCAUGCCAAGGUCCUUUCCCUCACCAAACCCCACUUUCUCCAGGUUUCACCCUCCAGAUCUCCACGAAUUUCACAAAUUGGAGCUGGCAACCCUAUCCCUAGG